AUUCACAGAGUGGAAAUAUUCAACGAGAUUCACAGAGUGGAAAUAUUCAACGAGAUUCACAGAGUGGGAAUAUUCAACGAGAUUUACAGAGUGGGAAUAUUCAACGAGAUUCACAGAGUGGGAAUAUUCAGUUUGAGCUAUUAAAACAUCCAGAUCACAUGUACACGAGCAAAUUGAUCAACACAAAAGAGAUCAGUGUAUUAUUAGAACGUCUAGAAAUUCCAGAUGUAAAAAUUAUUUAG